AUGCCUUGGGUCGUGUUCAACCUGUCAAAAAAUGAGCAGACCCUGCGGAAGGUGAAGGAGCGCUCGGAAGACAAACUGAUCCCGGAUGAGCAGGUUUCACAGAGCCUGUUGAAACUCUUCAGGGUUCUGCUCGGGAGUCAUGGGAGCGUCUGGGUGGCUCAGGCGCACCUUUUUCGACGGACUGCAAGUCAACAGGCACACUGUGAAGGACACGCAGUUAGUGGGGACGACGCUAUGUUACAAUCUAUGGGCUUCUGCAUUGACCGGAAGCCUAGUACUUUACCCUUUGCAGGAACUGGGGUUUUUGUCACCAAGGGGUUUGUCCCCAAAGGAGCCACUGUGGCCAUGUACCCCGGCACGGUCUAUCAACCCUAUGAGCCUAUCCUCCUUCAGUCCAUCAGAAACCCCUUUGUAUUCAGGUGUAUUGAUGGUGUCUUGAUUGAUGGGAACGACAAAGGCAUCUCUAAAAUGGUGUUCAGGUCAUGCAGUGGCCGAGACAGAAUGGGUCCUUACUUGACGAGUGACACCAGCUGGCUGACAGACAGUCCACAAAACCCGCUGGCCAUCGGUCAGUAUAUCAACAACUGCUCCAACGACAGGCCUGCCAAUGUCUGUUAUCAGGAGUACGAUGUGCCAAAGAGCUUCCCCAUUGAGCUCCGCCAGUAUCUCCCUAAUGUCAACUACAGCCUGGACACACAGAGGCCCAUGCGGUGUGUUGUCCUGGUUUCUCUCAGAGAUAUUGCUGCUGGGGAGGAACUCUUCUCCAACUACUAUACCAUUGUGCAUUAA